AGGGAGUUGGCCAAGCAAAAAGCUGUUGCCAUAGUUACAUGUGUCAAAGUCUAUUGUUUCCUGCAAUUUACUUUAGUCAGAAAAACAAUUCCAAAGUAAAAAUUAAAUUACAAUAGAAAUUCGAUCGAACAAAUUAAAUACAUCUAAAAAUGCAUCUAAAACCCGGCGUUGAAGACAUUACCUACAACGCUAAUAUUUGGUUACAAGCUGCGAUGCUCGCCAAUGUUUACAUCUCAGUGAUAUGGGGCAUAAUUUACGGUUUCUAUGUACUAUAUAAUUUGCAGGAGAUGCAAGACUUUUAUGGACGUGCAAUUAUAAUUGUCUACCUAAUAACGCUGCUGACGGAGUUCUAUCGCCUGCGUGCCGGCUAUAAAGGCAAUUUACAAGCGGAGAUUAGUGAGUUAAGCAUUUUCCUAGCAACAACACCACUCAUUCAAUUACCGCUGUUGGUUUUUCUCUUUCUGGCCGUUAAAGGCAAUUGGAUGGUGAUAAACAUUACCAUCGAAUUAAUGCUUAGUUUAAUGUGCAUUGAGGUAAUUGUUGGCAUUUGGACUUGGCAUAUUUUUACGAAACAUCAAAGUGAAUUGCAUAAGGUGAGGUGCCAAAACCGGCAGCAAUUGCAAAAUACAUGAAAUUGAGUUUAGCGGAAGUGUUUGCGAAGAAGCGUUUAAUUAAAUUUGAUUUUUUUUCAUGUGUAUGUGUGUAAUAUUUGUAUUUUAUUGAUUCACAUAUUUUUAAUAACUGAACAACAAACAUAGUUUCAUAAAUACAUUCAUUAACUUAUUAAGAGCGCAACAAUAGUAAAACUCCAUUUAAUUUUACUAAAACUUUUAAUAGAACAAUUUAAUUUUUUUUUUUUUUGAAAUUGACAAGGCAGCUAUUUAUUACAUAAGAUAAUUUAUAUUGGUAGCCGCAAAGUAACAUGAGAUAAAACAUAAAACUGAUAAAAGAAAACAUAAAAAUGACCAAACUCUUGUGGAAGAGAAGAGUAAUUUUAAAAAUUUUAUUUAAAAAA